GUCCACCUCAUUUUAGGGCUUUUUACGCUCUUUUCCCCCCAAAAUUUCCCAUCGCCCAACCAUUCCUCCUCUGUUAUCUGCAAAUCUUCCUUCGUUUCUCUCUCAAAAACUGAUUUCCUCUCUCUCUCUCUCUCUCUCUCUAGAUUUAUGCUUGAACUUGGAACCAUAGGUUAGGGCUAUAGCUACUGGGUCAGUUUGCAAUCGGAAAGAAGCAAUGGAAUCUGUUCAUCAUCAAUGCAUUGACAAACAUCAAGCUUCCGCUUCCGCUUCAACGAUGGGAAAGGAAAGAAAGUUUGAUUGUUUUUCAGUUCCGCCAGAUAUUUUCGUCAAGAUACUUGAACAGCUUCCGGUGAAAAGUUUGCUAAAAUUUAGAUGUGUUUCCAAGCUUUGGUGCUCCAUUAUUGAUAUAGCUUUCGUUAACUGGCACCAUGCUAGCUCCGGUACCAGUAUCCUCCUUGUUAGCAAAAGAUAUGAUGGUUGUCGACUACUCGAUUCUGCAGAGCCAGAGGGAGACAUAGUCCAUCACAUUCUAUAUCUGCCCUUCUCCGCCUUAGAGUCAGAUACAAAGUAUCACUGUGUUAACGGUUUGAUCCAUACGGACGGCUACAUAUGGAAUCUUAGGAUGCGAGAACGCAUAUCCAUCCCACCCAUGACCCUGUCUUUUCUCAUGGAAGAUUCAGAACCCUUUAAACUGAAAAUUUAUCACUUCUUAGGGUUUGAUCCUUCCACAAUGGAAUACAAAGUGCUUAGCAGAUGCUCUACUACUAUUCACAAUGGCGUUAAAGGAAAAAACAGGAAUUGAGUACAAGAUUUUGACUCUGGGGACCAACUCUUGGAGAGAUAUUGAUGAUUCUAUGUUGCAUCAAUUUGUUGAAUUAAUGACGAAUAUUGAUAGAUAUUGUUGCAUUGCCGGUGUUAUCUAUUUUAUACUUACUUUGGAUACGAUUUCAAAUGAAGAUGUGUUGGUUGCUUUCGAGGUGGGACAGGAGAAGUUUCGAGUCAUACCUCUUCCUCAAGGAGCCAAUUAUGACUCUUAUUUAAUACCUCUUAGAGAGCGUUUGGCAGUGAUAGAUUAUGACCUGAAGACAAUUUGGACAUUAAAAGACUACUCCAAGCAACUGUGGAACAAACGGAGCCUGAUCGAUGAGGGGGAGCUACUAAUAGAUCAUAAUGGCGCGAAGUUGAUACCAUUUGGUACCGUCCAUACCAAUGAGAUAGUAGUCCAGUUAUUUUAUCAAUGAGGACAAUCAAAACUGUGAGUUUUCUAACUAAAAAGAUCACUAAACUUUUCAUUUGUGCAAUGCUAUUUUAUUUUAUUUUUUUCCCAGUAAAUAAAUUUUCCCUCCCAA